UGACCAACAAUGACUGCAACAUUAGGGCUCGUACCUUGGGAUGAAUUUCUGAGGCCGCCUAAUAAUUUCAGUUUUCCUCUUCCUUUCGGUGUUUCGCCUUUUUCUGGCUUCGGUGCUUGAUCGCUUUCUUUCUCCAUGGACGAGACUUACAUUAAUCUCCCUACUAGCCAUUUGCUUGGCUCAGUCCCUGCUGUAAUCACUGAUGAGAAGAAUGGUACAGACCAUGAAAACCCAGCAGCAAGUAUGGAGACAUUUCCCCCCCAUAAUGGAGGGGACAGAGGGAGAGGCUAUCAAACUCUUGAAAGUCCAAGUGAUUCUCAGCAGCAAACAUCAAAUGACUGGAAGGGGGUAUUUAGUGUAACAUCUUACGCUCAAUAUUUCAAUGUGGAUUCAGACAUUGUCUUGAAUAGAUUGAUUAGUUCCUUGUAUCCCCUUGGUGGAGAUUUUUCUAGCAAGAUUGAUGCGAACCCUGACCUAUAUGGGCUUGUGUGGAUCACCACUACAUUGGUCUUUGUCCUUGCGGCACUUGGAAACUGUGCGACCUUCCUUAUGCAAAAGCGAAGUGAUCAUGGUACUGCAUGGAGCUUUGAUGUCAGCUAUGUGAAUGUGGCCGCUGGGUCUGUUUAUGGUUACGCGAUCUUGGUGCCCAUGGCAUUUUACUUUUCACUUCAGUACUUGGGAUCAAAUUCUAGCCUCAUAAGAUUUUGGUGCUUGUGGGGCUAUUCUCUGUUCAUUUUUAUUCUGGCAUCUUUUCUGUUGCUCAUCCCGGUUGAAUUUCUGCGCUGGUUCAUUAUACUCCUUUCUGGUGCUGCUUCAGCAAGUUUUGUUACUUUGAACCUGAGGUCCUAUAUUGAGGGAAAUAAUCUUUCAGUUAUGGUAGUUGCUGCAUUUUUCUUGCAAAUGGCUUUGGCAAUCUUCAUCAAAGUGUGGUUCUUUCCUUGAGCGUGCUCACUCAGCUUUUUGCUAUCUUCUGACCAUCUUAUGUUUGCUUUGUUUCUGAGUGCUGACCUCGUAGACUGAAGAAUGAUUUCCUCUUGGUUGGUUUGGAAGUUCUCGGUUCCUGGAAUUCGUGUGAUGGGAGUGUCAGAAAAAGAACAUCAACAGCAUAGUUUUUAUGAUUGGAAGUGAUAGGCUUUUGUCGUGAUAGCAGCAUCUAACUUGUUCACGGUAAGUAUUCUCAGAUGGGCUUCCCUCUUUAUGAUUAUUGACCGAGGAGAGUGGAAUCUUUCAUUGUCUUUGAUUAUAAAUUUUCGUCUUGUAUUCCACUAAAACACAGACGCCGUUGUAAAUAGAUGUUAAAGAUUGUACUUUGCUGUAAUUGAGUUUGAAUAUAGGUUCUUUGGUUGCCUCCUCCUUGA